UACAAUUAUUUUUUUUUAAACUGACUCCUCUGCCAUUCUCCACCUUCAGUAAUCAUAGGAUCAACGAUUGGACCUGUGAGUGAAAGUUACAGGGAAACAGUUUUUCACUUGCUAUUAGGAAAACUUUCUAAUAAUUACAGCUGACCGGGCUACCUCUAAGAUUAGUGAGCUUCCCAGAAUUGGAAGGUUUCAAAUGAAGACUGUAUAUAUAAUCACUUGUCAGCGAAGGUGAGGAAGUCUCUAGGAUGGAUCCGACUUGAUGAACCGCGAGGCUGAGGAUCCAUAAUCUGUGAGGCACAGAAACGUUAAGUCGCUCCUCACUGGCUGAACAGGUAAUGUUGGAGCUAGCACUACCACCGAGUCUCCUGCCUCCCUUUCCAGUGCUCUUUCUAUUACGCGGAAGGAUGCUGUUGCUGAAUGGUAAGAAUCAUUAUUGUUAAAUGACCUCAACAAAGAGAAAUAUUUCUGCUUUUCCUGCUAGGUCCAUCUCGUUCACGCCAAGAUCGGGACACUAUCCUUGUCCUGUAGUGGAUCUCAAGUGCUGAGAGAGGGAACUCGUUUAGGGGAGCUGCCUGACACCCUCGCCCGCCUGAACGCAUUCUCCUGGUCUGUUGGGGCUAGUAGUUCUUUUUGGCUUCCUAAAAAGAGCCCCUGGGGUAGUAGAUUAGCCACUUUGCCAGCCCCGGAUCAUUUGGUUGAAUCUUGAAGCAAUAGCAUCAUACUCUGUGUGAACGGAAAGGAAAUGAGCUUAAUUUCCCUCGGAAGGCUCUUUACCUCCUGAUUCUCUAGUGCCCGUGCCUCCUCCUACCUCCUCCUUCUUUCUCGGUCCCUCCCUCUCUCUCUUUCCCCUUUUCUCCUGGGCUCUCUCUCCUUUUCUUUUUCUUCUCUCUCACUCAAAAACUGGUUUAACUUGAGAGCAGCCAGCUCGUUUGGAUAGGACACAGCUGGAGAGGAAGAGAAGGAGGUGGUGGAGAGAGAUAAGAAGGGGUGUGUGUGUUGGAGGGGAAGACAGAGGGAAAGGCAGAGGAGGAGGAGACGACGAAAAAGGAGGAGUUGAUCGUGCGGGAGCCCAGCCCUGAAGACCAGCAGCUUCAGCGCCUGCCUAGCCUCCAGUUCAUUAAAUGCAGAACCUUUGCAGACCUGGGGCUGCUCAUGAGGACAUUGCGGAGCUGGAGGAGGAGGAACCGAGGCAUCACCCUGGGACUCUUCGCCCUCUGUCUGGCCGCAGCCCGCUGCCUGCAAAGCCAGGGAGUAUCACUGACCAUUCCACAGCCCAACAUCAAUGCCACUGUGGCCCAAAACAUUGUUCUCGCCAUUGACUAUUCCUGCCAUGGAGUGCCUACCAUUGAGUGGAAAUACACAUCUUACUGGGGGAUGCAAAAAAUCGUGGAGUGGCAACCUGGAAACCAAGCCAACAUCUCCCAAAGCCACAAGAACCGAGUCUGUACUUACGACAAUGGCUCGAUCCAGCUCUUGAAGGUAGGCGUGAGGGACACAGGCUACUACACAGUCACUGUGACCGAAGGACUUGGAAGCAGCCAGUUUGGUACCAUUGUAUUACACGUGUCUGAGAUUCUCUACGAAGAUCUACAUUUUGUGGCAGUCGUCCUGGCUUUUUUGGGUACUAUGGCCACAGUGUUAAUCAGCCUCAUGUGGGUCUGUAAUAAGUGUUCAUACAAAUUCCAGAAGAAGAGGAGACACAAACUGAAAGAAAGCACAACUGAAGAGAUCGAGCUACAAAAUAUUGACUGUUAGCCAUAUCUGGGCUGAAGGACAUUUCUACCUCAAGAGAAAAAAGACUUUUGAUUUUAAAUAAAACAAGCAAACCAAAGUCAACACCCACCCGUGCCACCUUCUGAAGCCUGGGUAUGUUUUUGUCCAGAUCUUUUUUCCCCAGGACGGUACUCCAUCCCUGAAGAAUAAUCCAAGGACACAUGCCACAUCCCAAUGGGGAAGAGAAGGACCCUGAAUGAAUAAGGCAUCCAUCAGUCCCCACCCUUAAACUGCUCUUGCAACAGAGUUUGAGCCAAGGACUCUACUUGGUUAUACUUUCAGUCCAUUGAUGGUCCACAGACAAUGUUCUCUGAAGGAAAAUACCAAUAAAGAUGGAGAGAAUCAGUGCCUAAGACAUGGAUAGCCCUGUGCUCUGAGUGUAGUGACAGGCCCAUAGGAAGAAGAAUCCAAUCAGAAACCCUGGAGUGAUGGGACCCACAGACUUGGUAUGUACACAGCUACACAUUUGUGUACUCACACACCAACGGCUCGCUUGGAACACACCUGUGCUGGAAACAGAACCUGCUUUUUUUCUGCAUUACUCGGCUCGCAUAUAGCCAGUAAUCUGAUGCUUCACUGGCGCCAUGUCACUCUGCCCAAAUUGUACCCAUUGUAUCAACCUCGAAAAGGUUAUCCCCAAAUAUAGGCAGUCUGUAAUUUUCAAAUGACCCACACAUACAAAGAACCGCCACCUCCCCUGCCCCCACCAGAACCCAAGUGGUUGAGAGGUUUUAAUAGACUAAAAGCUCCAUGUGAAUCAGCAGUGUGACUUGGCAGCUGAAAAGGAAAUCGAAUGCAAUCUUGAGCUGCAGAGCAUUCAAAAUGGGUGAUGGUUGUCCUGCCUCUAUCAGAGAACUUCUGGAAAAUUUUGUUCAGUUCUAGGUACCAUUUGGGGGAAAGACAAGCUAGAAUAGUCUGAGUAGGGUGACCAAUAUGAUGAGGGGACUGAAUAUUAUCCCAGAAGAACAUAACUCAACCUGAUCACCUGGAGAGAAAAAAUGUGGGUGGCGCAGGACUGCUAUCUUCUCCUAUGGAAGGAUGAUUAGAUUUGUUGACCUUAGGGGGAAAACUGGGAGCAGAAGGUGGAAAUCAGAAGAGCAGGUUUUAGUUUGAUGCAGGGAGAACUAUGGUAACAAUUCAGUGUUCCGGGUGGUGUGGGCUGCUUUCCCUAUCUCUUUUAAAUAGGGAUUAGAUAACCACCCAACUAGGGCUGAUGGCAGAGGUUAUUCUUAUUGGUUGGAUAAAACCUUUCAUCAUCCUUGGGCCUGAAUUUUCUCAUCAGUAAAAUGAAGUGGAACUAGAGGGCCUCAGGGUCCCUUUCAACUUUUAAACCAUCAAUCUGACCUCUGAGGACCCUUCCAACUGGGAGAUGCUUUGAUUCAUUAAGUCAUGGAAGUUGAUAUGGAAAAAAUCUGAGAAGCUCAAAGUUAAGAAGCAAAGAAGCUGUGAAAAGAAGAUAGGGAAACUUGGGGAAACAGGAGAGCACUGAAGACCUCUAGGAGGGAAAAAGGGACCCACAGCUGGGAGAGUUAUGGAAAGGGAGGUAGGGGAUUUAAAAAAUAAACUUAUUUAAUAAUUUUUGUUUAGGACUAGCAGGAGAAAGCUCCUCUAUUUCUUCUUUUUUGGACUACAUUGGCCCCAAAUCCCAAGUCUCAGAACUCCCAAUAAUACUUAUCUUUCACUUUUUAGAUAAAUAAGCUUUUGUGGGCCAUCCUAGGAACGUUAACUAUGAUCCCUAUCAUGGCUUCUAGGAGAAAAUGCAUUCCAGUUUCAAAAGGACCAAAUCACAAAUGUUCAUCUGGAACACAGCUUAUUCAUAGGAGAUCACUUAUUUUCAGUAACACAAAUAGGAAACCCAAGUUAUGGACUCUCCCUUCCUGCUUUACUGGCCUCCAUUUAUUUCUCUUUUCCAUAUCUGCUAAACAAGACUAAGAAAUACUUUGAUCCCAAACUACCUCAUAGCCAGAUUACAAAGCAGAAGUAUUGGAAGUUUGUAAAGCUAGUUCUUUAGAGGAAGUAUCACAUGCAAGAAUUCCUCAGCUUGGAACUGUAAGCUCCUUGGAGACAAUAGCUAUUUCACUUUUCUCUUAAUAUCCCCAAGACUUAACGUCUUGUACAUGGCAGAAUCAUAGUAAAAGCUUGUUGAAUCCUUGAAUGGGGGAUAUGGCAGAAAAUGGGAAGAAGAAAAUCAAGAACUAGUUAUUGUCAAUGAGCAACCCAUGAGAACAGAAAAAGGCCUUUGAUGCCUGGGAGUUCAGAUAUCCGGAAUUCUUGGUUGGAAAGACUGACUGUGGGGAGUAGGCUGGGUAAGGAAUGUGGGGGAGUUUACCCAGUUCAGGUGCCCAUGUUCAUGAUUUUUUCUAUUCUAAGCUUUCUAUUAGUGUUUUUAAAUAUCCCUAUUUUUUUUCUAGUGAAAGAAUUCUGCCCUUUCCCACAAAAGGAAAAGAUUGUCUUAGAUUAGCUAUUAAAAGUGAAUCAAAUCAUGUUCUGUUCCCUACUGUAAAAGGCAGAGCUGUGCUAGAGGGAAAUAAAAUCUAAAAUCUGACCUCCAACUGAUUAAUAACCAAAUAAAUAUACUACUUAAGAGAAAAAAUAGCAAAAGGGAUCUACUAAACUGUACAUGAGGGUUACUGCAGGCUGAUAUCGACAUGUUUUAAAAUGUAUUUAUGUUUUAUUGUACUUUUAUUUAUUCUAUUAAAUAUUCUCCAAUCACAUUUUAUUCUGGUUCUGGCCACACUCAGGGUUGUUUUGAUAUCUCUGAUCUAGGCAUCAUCCUCCUCAUUUUCCAGAUAUGGAGUUUCAGGUUAAAGUAGAUAAAAUGAUUGCCCUAGCUCACACAGGGAUCAGCGGCAAUGUGAAGACUCAAGUCUUCCUGAUUCCAAGUCUCAUAUUUUGUCUGCUCUGCUGCACUGCCUUUUACUCAUUGGCUUUACCAUGCAUGUACUGAGUAGUAAAACUGUAUAAGAAAUUCUGAAAUGAACAGCAAUGUUGUCAAAAUAUUAAAUAAAAAAGAAAUUGGUUUCAAGA